AUGACCAUAGUGGAAUUCUUGAACAGAGAAGAGGGUGGAGUGGAGAUGUUGGUGGGGGAGAGGAAGCGGAGAGCCAUUAGGGAUCCAGAAGGGUGGGGGAUCGAUGAGGCAAGGGAGGAGUUAAGGAAGAAACUAGCGGAUGGAGGAGGAGAAGAAGAAGCAAGGGGGUCAAGGUUUCAUCGGGUGACCGCGAUAGUUGAUUCGGGAGCCUCUCAAACCGCCCACUCCCACGUGAUAGCUAGAAAGCUCGGGCUACUACCGUACAUCCAGGAUACCACCAUAGAGUUCACCACCUCUAGCGGGGAGACUUCGAAGCCGUGGGGAGUUUUGCCGGACAUGCUGGUUAGAGUAGGGAAGCUGACUCUGCCGGUGGACAUUGCAGUGACGGGAGCGAACACAUACGAUUGGAUCUACUCGGCCAACGCGGAUAUCUUGACUAGUAAGGGGAAGAUAGUUUUCCAAGUUAACACCACGGAGACCGACUCGGUCCCCAUCACCACUGGACCAUUGGGUGGUGGUGGCCGCCCCUCCUAUGUGCUCCUCCCCUCCCAUACAACCCACAGGAACAUCAACGAGGAUGAGGAGCGCAUCAAGGAAUGGAUGGAGGAGCAGGACUUCCUCAAGUGGACGGAGGAGUGGAGGGUAGCCAUGGCAGAGGAGGAAGGGGGAAUGGAGUUGAACGCGGAGGAAGAGGAUGAGUACUACCUAUGGCUAAGGGAGCAAGAUGAGGAAGGGGAUAAGGAGGAGGAAUCGAGUGAGGAGGAAGAAGAGGAGGAGAAGGAGCUUAAGGUGGUGGAUGGAGAAGAGGAGGCUUGGGGAUAUGACUUUGGGAGCCCAACGGCGGAGGAGGUAGGGGCUUGGGAGAGUGCAGGCUUGGGGAUCGAUUGGGACAAGGAGUAUGAUGAGAUGGUGGAGAAGUAUGUGGGAGAGGUGAACGAGACCAAGUGGGAGGGAGAUUCCAUGGUGGACGGAGAGGAGUAUUUGGAUUACGAGUGGGAAGAAGGGGAGCUGGUUUAUGAUAAGAGGAGGAAGCCGAUAAGCACGGACCAUUUCUUCGAGAUGUACAACUACUCGGCAGCAGAGAAAUGGAAUUACGUGGCAGUCGAGAGUGGGGACGAGGGGAGGAUCAUCCUAGGUAGUUACUACACCCUCAAAAAGGAGGUGCCUAGGGUAGCUUGCCCCGCGUUUGAAGACUUACCCGUUUCACUAAACCACAAGCUGGAUAAGCAGCAGCAGAAAGAGGUGCAGACGCUUUUGGUGGGGUAUAAGGAGGUCUUUUCCACAGAGAAGGAGACGCUAGGAACCCAUCCCACCAUUCGCCUCCACAUUGCCACCGGGAGUGCCAAGCCGAUAGCCCACAAGCUGUACCGAGUCUCACCUUCCGAGCGCGCUAGAAUCGAGGAGGUGGUCCAAACCUUGUUAGAGCAAGAAGUCAUUCGACCGUCGAAUAGCCCAUGGUCCUCACCAUGCAUCGUGAUCCCCAAGAAGGACUUUGGGGAUAGGGUAGUCAUCGAUUACCGCCCUCUUAAUGCCGUGACCGAAGCAGCCGACCAAUUCCCCAUGUGGCGGAUAGACGACAUUCUCGAUAGGAUGACGGGCUCGCUAUACUUCUCAGUGCUAGAUGUGAAAUCCGCCUACCACACCAUCCUUGUAGCGGAGGAGGACGGCCUUUGUCAGGUCCUCGGGUCAGUACGAGUACGUUGCAUUUGGGCUUAG